AUGGCGACCACCACAACUCAGACGGUCCAAGGGGAGGCUGCAGGAGUAUUGCAUAGCAAUGGAACGGCGCAGGCGAAUGGGAAACCACAAAAAUUACAUGGGCGCGCAUUCUACGAGAGCAUUGGAAGCCCGAAACUCGUGCUUGCGCCCAUGGUGGAACAGUCAGAGUUCGCAUGGCGACUACUAUCCCGCUCUUUCCUCCCCGAGUCCGAGAAAGGAAAUCUCUUAGCAUAUACGCCCAUGUUUCACUCCAAGAUGUUUGGCGAGAAGAGCCAGUACCGAGAUUCACACUUCCAGCCACUCAAGUCGCCUCUUCCCUCGCCUGUAGACAACUACCACUUGUCUCAGCUCCCUGACUCGAGCAGACAUCUUGACGGGAACCCAGCCUUCGACAGGCCCCUCACUGUCCAAUUUUGCUCCAACGAUCCAGAAGACUUUCUCAGAGCAGCUAAGCACGUUGCGCCCUUUUGCGAUGCGGUAGACUUGAACUUGGGAUGUCCCCAAGGAAUUGCGAAACGAGGAAAAUACGGCGCUUUCUUGCAGGAAGACUGGGAUCUGAUUGCGAGAAUGAUACGGAAAUUACACGAGGAACUCGAUAUUCCUGUCACAGCGAAGAUGCGAAUUCUGGAGACCCCAGAGAAGACACUGGCAUACGCAAAGACAAUACUAGAUGCAGGCGCAAGCAUCCUCACAGUCCAUGGUCGGCGGAGAGAACAAAAAGGUCACAACACCGGAUUGGCAGACUGGCAGAUGAUUCGGUAUCUGCGGGAAAAUCUGCCCAAAGAGACGGUGCUGUUCGCAAAUGGAAACAUUCUACAGCACGAGGACAUUGCAGCAUGUCUAGAGGCAACAGGUGCAGAUGGGGUAAUGAGCGCCGAAGGAAACCUCUACGAUCCAACCAUCUUUGCGCCACCGCCACCCGUAGGCCAGGAAGGUCGUGAAUACUGGAGAGGUCGGGAUGGUAAGGGUGGAUACAGGAUGGAUGCUGUGAUGAGGAGGUAUAUGGACAUCAUACACAAGUACGCACUGGGUCAAGAACCUCCCCAAAGGAAACCAUUAUGGAUGCUUGGAGAUCCUGAGGAACCUCCAAAGCAAGAAGAGGCAGCCAAGUCGGACGAAGAGGAUGAGGAAGGCCCGCCAAAGAAGAAGAGAAAGCAAAUGUCCAAAUCCGAGAAAAAGAAGGAGGCGUCGAAUCCAAACUUAACAGCCAUGCAGGCACAUCUCUUCCAUCUCCUACGUCCGCUCGUCGCAGAGCACCACAAUGUACGAGACGCGCUUGCUCGUUCGCGGACAGGCGACAUUGAUGCGUUUGAGAAUGUGCUCAGUUUGGUCGAAGCAGCUGUCAAAGAGGGUAUCCAAAAAUACGAGCAGGAGCAAGCCAACGCCACAGACACACCGGCCGUUCCUGAGUCUCUCGCUGAAGAUACCUCCGCAGCACCUCCCGAACCCCUCGACCCUUACGAGUCUUCACUAGCCACUGUAGCUCGCUGUAAACGCCCUUACUGGGUUUGCCAGCCCUAUGUCCGACCGCUGCCGAAGGAGGCUUUGGAGAAGGGCAGUAUGACAGUCAGUAAGAAGGAGAAGAAGCGAUUGGAGCAGCAGGCGGAGCAAGCUGCUAAGAAGGAAGAUGCAGAGGUCAAGGAUGCGGGUUUGGAACCUGAGGGUAGGGUAGAGAAGCAGGUGUUGUCGGAUGAGAAGGGGGAUGGAAAGCAGAUUGUAGAGGAGCCUAGGGAUGGGUUGGUAUGUGGAUAG